CCCUGGAACUGAUUUGGUGGAAAAGGGGUACGUGUACAAACAUCGCUGCACAGUACUGGAAAUUUUGUGCUUAAAAUCACAUCCAUUUCAACAGUUUUUCACUUUGUUAUCCCCCGCUGGCUGAAAGGCCCGAAGGGGGGAUUAUGUCGUGGCGAUGUCCAUCCGUCCGUCCCAAGAAGGGUACUCACUUUCUGAAAUCAACUCCUCUCACAAUUUUUGGAGGAAUUUCACGAAACUUGACAGAAGGGUAAUUCCGCCCCAAAUCACCAGAUUUAGAAAAAUCUUCACCACUGACCAUCUCAGAUUUGCGUCAUACUUUUUGGAAAUAUUGUCAGUGUGCCCAAUAAAUAGUGUACAAAAUUUUAGGCUUGUACCUUCAUUAGUUUGAGAUAUAGGGGCUUAAAAAAGGGGCGUGGCCCCAAUUUCACUGUUGAAAUGCGUGCUACAGAAAACGGACCUAACUUCCAUAAGUCAUUACUUUUAAACUAUUCAUGCAAGAUACAUUAAAUUUUCAAGGACUGUUCUUCAAUGCCAGACGCCUUUAAAUACUAUAAUAGAAAGUUCACAGUUCAAUAUUUGCCAAGUUAUGGCUUGCUGAAAAUCAUAAAAAAAAAGUCUUCUAUCGUGCUUUGGAGCAAAUUUGACCCCCCCCCCCCAUAUCUCCACAUUAAAGCACACCAGAUCUUUCAAAUUUUCUUAUUUAUUACUCAUGUUAUAGUACUCUUUAGACAACUAGGUAUGUGUUCAAAAGAAAUCAAAUGUUCUGAUUUAUUAGGCUUUAAAAAAAAAAAAAACAUUUUGUGUCUAUAGUUUAAAUGCAUAUUACAAAUGUAUGACAAGGUCUACCAUAAAAACAAUUAUACCACUGGAAAGAACUUGUUUUGAUUAGCAAAUGCACAAAAUAUGAAGUUGGUACCCUAAACCAAACUGUAAAUAUUAAGGUAUCAAGUACGGCAUGUUUUACGAUAGACGGAAAUGCUGUUUUAUUGAAACUCUAACUGAAAAAGCAGACAAACUAGCAGAACAUCAUUUCAUUGCCAAACACCAGAGUGGAUAUUUGAAGGAAAAUCUGUUAGAGGAUGAAUGUAUUAUGCUUUUGGAUUUUGCCGAAAACUGUUCAUUCUGUGUACAGGAUUCUGCCCAGGGAUACCACUGGGACAACAGCCAAUGCACUCUUCAUCCAUUUGCAGUGUACAUUAGAGCAAAGAAUGAAGAUGGUACAAAAGUAAUGAAAUGCAUCUCUAUCUGCAUAAUAAGUGACUGCCUUAAGCAUGAUACAGUGGCCGUGCAUGCAUUCUUAAAAAAGGUUUUACCAUAUGUAUGCCAUUUACAUCCCCAGCUGAAAAAGGUCAUUUACUUCAGUGACGGAUCAGCAGCCCAAUACAAAAACUAUAAAAAAAAAAAAAAUUCACAAAUCUCAUGAAGCAUGCAGAUGAUUUUGGACUUUUGGCAGAAUGGCAUUUCUUUGCCACUUCUCAUGGUAAAUCUCCCUGUGAUGGUAUUGGAGGCACUGUAAAGUGGUCAGCAGCUCAAGCUAGCUUACAGGCAGUCACGAGUGAUCACAUACUAACCCCAUCUGAUCUGUUUUUGUGGGCAGAAAAACAUAUCAAGAACAUCCAUUUCAUCUGGGUUGGUACAGGGGAAGUUAUGGAGAGUGGAAAAGCAUUGGAGACAAGAUUUUCAAGGUCGGCUACUAUUCCUGGAACAAGAGACAACCACUCAUUUGUUCCAAUCAUGUCCAGCCAGCUGCAGGUCAGCAGGGUGUCAGGUGGUCCUAGCUUCAUUGUGGAUAUGAGUGGGAAUCAGUCACAAGUAAUGCAUAAAACCCCUGUUAAAUCAGCAGUCUCUCUGGCAGAUACAAUUCCUGGUAAAUAUGUUGUGUUUGUAUGGCAGACAGUGGUGGAUGUAGGCCGUAAGGUGAACCUCGAAAAGUCCUUCCGAAAAGGGAUCCCGCUCCGACCUCUCCGAACCGCACACGCUUCAGUUCAUAAAAAAGAAUGAGUUGUGGUAAGAUUACAACAAAACAGUUCGCGUCACAGAAUCGCGCUCAUUUCUUAAAUCGCAACAUUUAAUGAAGAACUAGUAUCUCCAAGGCGUAUAUGCAUAUUCGGCAGGCGUAAUAACACUUUGGCUCACGAGAGGUGCCACGGUUGAAACGUCAUCAGACUGGACGAAUCGGGUAGCUGGUAGCUACCAGCUGUGCUAGGUAAACAGAAGCAGCAUGGCAGCCACCGGAGUAGCAGUGCUAUCAUCCAGCAGUACCGAAGAAGAAGAAAACUCGUCCGAAACUGUUGAAAAAACUAAAUCUUCGACACGUAAGACUUGUUAUAUGCACAUAUCUUCUGUGAAGCAUGAAAAAACACAGAAUUUCACCAGCAUACGGCGGAAUACUUACCAAAACAGCCUUCGGCAGGGGCUGGAGUUGAGGGGUGAGUGCAGAGACGUAUCCGAACAUUACAAACACUGUCUUGACUUGGAUUUUGAUAAAAUUCCCGAAGACGCGGCUUUCCAUCCCACAUGUUACCGGAGGUUCGUUGACAAGCGCGAAAUUGAAAGAGCAAAAAGGCGUCUCGUGCGAGAGAGAGAGAGAGCGGGGAGAUGAUAAACAAGACCCCCAGACCAGUGAGGCUAUCCCUGCAACAGUGACUGGCACGACUCCGACAAGGAAACUUCGUUCCAGAUCAAGCCUGCCCAUCUCGAGCUCUGGCCCCGUCCUUCCUGCCAUCUGUAUAAUAUGCAAGAAAACCUGCAAAUAUGUCGUCAAGGCUAGCAGACGACAAAAAGAAGCUUUGUCAAAGACAGACUUUAACCGCAGACUUGUGCAGGUGUUCCAGCUGUUCGAACACAAAGGAAACAGAAGAGAAAGAUGAUGAUAACUGCCCUGACACUGACAGAAUCUUUUGCCUUGGCCUCAUUGAAAAUGGAAAGAGGUUGGGACUCGGGCCUGCUGUGACAAGUCGAGUGUAUAACUACUUGUUAGAAGAAUGCAGGAAGUAUCUCGGUACAGAUGACUGUGGCUGUAAGGUUCAGGUGGACUUCAGCAGUAUUCAAUCGCUCAUCACUUUAGCUCAUACUGUAGUCACGAGCAAACCAGCCUGCAUGCUCAACCCUGAUGAAUCACAACAUAUCACCUCUCUGACCGUGCAGGCCUUCCUUCAGUCUGUUCCUUCUGCAUCAUCACACAUCUUUGGAAGAACACUUGUUGUGGCCUUAGAAGGACAGCCAGUGAGUGAUUCUGCCGUUUACCCUGGAGUACUAGUCGAAGUGCCCAUUCUGCACUCUGUGGAACUAAAGAACCGUAAUCCUGGUCCAUAUAAAAUCGUGUUAUUUGGCACGUCUCUGUCAGGUGACUGCUCUGAAAUUGGAGAAGCAGCUUUAGAGAUCAAAGUGGGAAUAAAUCCAUGGAUGGUGGUCUUGGAGCAGCUGCUGAAGCUCGGCGAGCGAGUGGUUCAGGACGGUGUGGGCGUGUUUGCGUGUCAGAAGGUGAUUCACCCAGUGCUGCAGCAGUACUUGAAGGAACAUGGGCUGGUGGUCAUCGAGCGGCUCGGGCUUGCCCUAAUGGAGCCAAUUGCCCAAAUGACAGGCGCUCUGAUUAUGGCGUCUUUCUGCUCCCCACUUCCAGCCAAAGCAUAUGGGCAGAUCGGAGGACUCCAUCUGCACCGCAGUGGAUCUAAAGAGUUUCUCCAGCUCCUUCCAUCUGGAGAGGCAGCCAUUAACACGAUGGUGCUCUGUCACAGGAACGAAACGAUGUUAGAGGAGCUCAAGGUGACGUGUCAGAGAGCAGAGCAUGUACUGCGACUGACUCUGAAGGAGCCUUAUAUGCUAAUCGGAGGAGGCUGUACAGAGACGGUGCUGUCUGCUUACAUAAAAUACACAAGUGAGUCUAAGGCCAGUGAAGCAGCUGCAGCUCUAAAGUGCUCACGUGCGGAGUUCCUCCUCGCUACAGAGGCGUUCUGCUGCUCUCUGCAGUCUGUGGCUCUUUCUUUAGACCAUGAUAACCAACACUUUCUCAUGGACUUGACUCAUGCUCAUUGCUGGGUUGCAGAAGAGGAUGCACACGCUCAAACCACAAUUUUGCACCCCUGCAGUUGUGGCUUGGUAAAGGCAAGGGCCGAUCUCGAGAAGAUCUUUCUUAAUAUUCCUCUCAAGACAGCACAUCACUCCUUCCUGCCCGCACCCAUCACAUCCGAUGUUCAGCCAGGACUGUUGGACUCGUUCACUGCCAAGCUCAAUGCCCUGAAUGUUGCUGUAGAGACUGCUAAUCUUGUGCUGAGUGCAAAAUAUAUUAUUAGGGAUGUGAAUUAAUUGGGUUUAUGUUUGUAAAUGAGUUUGUUUGGUAUGUCAUAUGGAAAACAAGGAAGGAUUGUGGCAUGUAGUUCUUGUGUCUAAACGUUACGUGGAGACGUUCAUUUUGGAGAAGAUUACUGCUUGGUCCGUUUGGACAUUCUGUGAUUUUCAGAAUUCUGUAUUUUUAUAAAUUAUUAGCGAAGCCUAUAGAGGCACCGGUCUGUAUUUGUAUGUUAAACCGUGUUCAAGCGUGUUUAAGAAUGUAAUUGGCGCGCCAGCCUCAGGUAGCGAUUCCACAGUUCUAUUGUGGUGCCACUGUGUACUGACCAUCGAAGUGUCCUGUUAUAUAAGCUUGGUGUAUGACAUGAUCCUCUGUGGUCCAGAGCGCUGUCUAGGAAAGGCACGGAUCUUGCAACGUCAGUUUGAAUCUUGGCAUCGAUAUAAAAAGCUGAGCUCGGAUCUGCACAGGUCUCUAGUUAUUUAUAACAAAAGAAAUGAUUAGUAUUUAAGGGUGACUUUUAUCACUCAUAUUUUAUUUUUGUUUGUUUAAAUUAUAUUGGCUCAGAGUAUUAGUGCAAAUUCCUUGCUCAACUGAGCUGCCGAAAAGCUUUUGUAUUGCCCAUCACAGAUCUAUUAUACUAAACGGAUCCUUUUCUCGAUAUCCGUUUUUCUUUUCACACAAAACCAAAAAGCUCUAUUUUUGUCUUGUCGGACAGUAGAACCCAGUUUCAAAGUCACAUAGUGUGUACCGAACUCCAGGAACUUAUGUUUUGUCGUUAGAUUAGAUUAGAUUACGCUACGUUCACACUGCAAGGCUUAAUGCUCAAUUCCGAUUUUUUUGUGAAAUCCGAUUUUUUUGUGAGGUCGUUCACAUUAACAAAUAUAUGCGACUUGUAUGUGAUCCUCAGUAUGAACGAAAAGCGACCUAAAAGUGUUCCGCAUGCGCAUUGCAGGAUACGACGACGUCACACGCAGUGAGCAUGGCCAGUGUUUACGGAAGUAAAACCGCCCGGUUGCGGUAUGACCCAUCCAAUCUAGCUUGAAUAGCUGCAUCCCCCCAAAUGGAAAUCAGCUCCCUAACCUCUGCGUCCUUCCAUUGAGAAGAUUCAGAACCUUCACAGCCCGAAGCGUCCCUCGCACUGAUGUCAUGCGCAGGGGCGCAGAUACGUUUUUUGAACUGGGGGGGACAAAGCUGCCAGCAAACCAACCCCAACCCCGAUAUGCCUGUCAAACUUGUUGUUAGUAACCAUAGCAACCAAGCUCGAGCUCGCAACCUGUGCAGUCUGCGCAGCUCAACCAACCGAAUAUCAGUCUUUGUUUUGUUUUAUGUGAGUUGUUGCAACUAUGUAUGUACUGCUGUGCACCUCAAUAAACCGAAUGGUAAUUAGUCUUUUGAUUUUUCCGUGAGGUUUGCCUUAUGCAAAGAAAGACAGCAUAGACGUUUUUUCCUCCCUAUAAGUGGGGGGGACCGAACGAGGUGAAUUUAAAUCUGGGUGGGACGAGUCCCACCCUCUAUCUGUGCCCGUGGUCAUGCGCCAUGUUGUUGUAACUUUUUUUUGAGAGACCCGCCGCCUACUUCAGCGCAGAAUAGUGACGUUUGUGGCUUGUUGAUGACGUGUAAGUCGGAUGAAUGCGACCUGGCGGUUCAGACUGAAGUCGCAUAUGAAAAGAGCGGAUAGGAAUCGGAAUUAGGACCACAUAUCCAAACGGCCUGGGUCGGAUUUGAAAAAAUCGGAUCUGUGUCGUUCAUAUUGUCAAUAAAAGAUCGGAUACAGGUCACAUAUGGGCGAAAAGAUCGGAUUUGAGUCACUUCAGCCUGCAGUGUGAACAUAGCCUUAGAUUCACUUUAUUGAUCCCACAUUGGGGAAAUUCACGUGUUACAGUAGCAAGAAAUUGUCAUACAGAUAACAAAUAAAAAUUAGACAAACAAAAAAUUAAAAAGAUUGAUGAGAGAUGGCAGAGGUAGCAGUGGUGAAGUAAUGCAAAUAUAACAACAAACAGGUUAUUGGUGCUACAUUACAAGUUGUGGGUGUUUAUACAGUCUGACAGCAGUAGGUAUGAAUGACCUGCGGUAUCUCUCCUUCUUAUACCGUGGGUGUAGCAGUCUACUACUAAACGAGCUGCUUAAAGCCCCCACAGCCUCAUGUAGGGGGUGAGAGGGGUUCUCCAUGAUUGAGGUCAGCUUGGCGAACAUCCUCCUCUCACCCACCACCUCAGUGGAGUCCAGAGGACAGUCCAAGACUGAGCCAGCCCUUCUGACCAGUUUAAGUUUCUUCCUGUCCCUCUCUGAACUUCCGCAGACCACAGCGUAGAAAAUUGCUGAUGCCACCACAGAGUCAUUAAAAAGUCCUAAGCAGUGUCCUGCACACACCAAAAGACCUCAGUCUUCUCAACAGGUGGAGACGACUUUGGCCCUUCUUGUACAGGACAUCUGUGCUGUUUGUCCAGUCCAGUUUGUUGUUGAGGUGAACACCCAGGUAUUUGUACUCCACCAUGAUCUCAACGUCCAAACCCUGGACGUUCACUGGUGCAAUUUGAGGAGCCGUCCUGAAAUCGAUCACCACCUCCUUCGUCUUGCUGGCGUUGAUGCGCAGAUGGUUCAGUUCGCACCAGGCGACCAAGUUGGUGAUGACCUCUCUGUACUCCAGAUCGUCCCCCUCUGACACACGUCCAACGAUGGCUGUAUCAUCUGAGAACUUCUGGAGGUGGCAGCUGUCCGUGUUGUAGCUGAAGUCAGAUGUGUAAAGUGAAAAAAGGAAAGGAGAGAGCACUGUACCCUGUGGAGCCUCCGUGCUGCAGACUACCACGUCAGAGACACAGUUGCAGAGCCUCACGUACUGCGGUCUGUUAAUGAGGUAGCCGAUGAUCCAUACAGCCACGUGGCAGUCGACACCAGCUCUCUCCAGCUUCCCCCUAAGCAGUGAUGGCUGGAUUGUGCUGAAAGCACUGGAGAAGUCAAAGAACAUGACUCUCACAGUGCUCCCAGUGCCUUCCAGGUGUAAAAGUGACCGGUGCAGCCGGUAGAUGACAGCGUCAUCCACACCAGUGCCCGGUCGAUAUGCGAACUGCAGUGGUCUUAUGAUGGUCUGUUUCCUUGGAUGGGUGAGAGGAGAGCUGACACUCUAUACUUCCUUAGGAGGCUGCGGUCCUUUAACAUCUGCAGGAAACUCCUGUGGAUGUUCUAUCAGUCUGUGGUCGCCAGUGUCCUGUUUUACACCGUGGUGUGCUGGGGGGGCAGCACGUCCAAGAAGGACACAUCCAGGCUGGACAAACUGAUCAGGCGGGCCGUCUCUCUGGUGACGGUGGCAGAGAAGAGGACUAUGGACAAACUAUUGAACAUCAUGGACGAUGCCAGUCACCCUCUGCACACCGUCAUCAGCAACCAGCGGAGCCUGUUCAGUGACAGAAUGCUCCUUCCCAAGUGCAGGACGAACAGACUCAAAAACUCCUUUGUCCCUCACGCCAUCAGACUGUACAACUCCUCUCUGGGGGGAUAACAGGAGGACAGAGGAUUGGAAGGAGCAGUAGCCUAGCCUGACAAUAAGCAAUACCGGACAAUGUGCAAUAUAAUGUGCAAUAUCUCUCCUGCUGCCCUCCCCUUCCCCAUAUCUUCAUCUCAUCUCAUUAUCUCUAGCCGCUUUAUCCUUCUACAGGGUCGCAGGCAAGCUGGAGCCUAUCCCAGCUGACUACGGGCGAAA